CUCGUAAUAUAUUUACAGAACACCGCCUCUCUCUCUAACCGUUUCCUCCCAUUUUUACAUACACUCACACAGCAGCGGCGGCGGCGGAGGGGAAGCAGAUCAGGUAAAACAUGCCGGCCGGACACGGGGUUAGGGCAAGGACCCGCGACUCGUUCUCUAGGGGUUUCAGAAAGCGCGGUACCAUCCCCUUGACUACCUACCUCCGUACCUUCAAAACCGGGCAGUAUGUCGACAUUAAGGUUAACGGCGCCGUCCACAAGGGUAUGCCUCACAAGUACUACCACGGACGCACCGGUCGCAUCUGGAACGUCACCAAGCGCGCCGUCGGCGUUGAAGUCAACAAACAGGUCGGUAACAGGAUAAUCAGGAAGAGGAUUCAUGUUCGUGUGGAACAUGUUAUGCCCUCUAGAUGCAAUGAGGAAAUCAAGCACAGGAUUAAGAGAAAUGAUGAAUUGAAGGCAGCUGCCAAGGCAAGAGGCGAGAUCAUCAGUACCAAGAGGCAGCCAGAAGGCCCAAAGCCUGGUUUCAUGGUGGAAGGUGCAACAUUGGAGACUGUUACCCCCAUUCCAUAUGAUGUCGUUAAUGAUCUCAAGGGAGGUUAUUAGGCUAUUUUGUAGUGUUCUAUUAUUGAGAAACUGUUUUUGAGGACUUGCGAUUUUGUCUUUGUUCGAAGCGGAUACUUAUUGAGGUUAUGAAUAUCUGUUAAUUACUCCCCCGACAUUGAUUUAGUUUGUUCUGUUAGUCUGUUCUUAUAACUGAUAGUUAUUUGUGUCGAAUGAAUGAGAAAGUAAUGGUAUUUUAAUUUUGGUGUAGCACCUGUUGUUGGUGGUUUGGUGGUAUUGAGGGUUCUAUACUUCUAGUCAAGUUGUAUCCAUGUGUCUGCAUUGGUGGUAUUGAGGGUUCUGUACUUCUAGUCAAGUUGUAUCCAUGUGUCUGCAUCUUUGUGAAAUGCAAUACCUUCUUUUUGUCUCUUUAGAGCAUUCUAAUUGACAGAAGUGUGCGUGGUUUUCUUUUUACAUUGCAGUAUUGCUGUGUGUCAUUCUCUGUGAAUAUAGAUAUUAAUUCGGAGAAAUGGAUGGUAUUG